GGCCUAGAGUGGCGGGAGGAGGAGCAGGGAUGCGGUGGAGUGCAGAGUCCGGGAGGGCCUGACUGCGGGGGAAUGAAGCCUCCGCCUUCUCGGGCAGAAGCUUUUAAAUACGGGUUCGGCCCGGGACUCUGGGUGCAGUGCUUGGCAGCCUGAGGGAGGGGCGUGCGGUGAGGGGAGGUCAGGCGGAGCAGAGCGAGAGUGAAGAAGCUGCGGCAGCGCGGCGGGUAGCGAGGAGCUGUCCGAGCCGUCGGGAUAGGAGGGGCCGCUGCGCUUGGUGUCUGGAAGUGGUUCAAUCAUGUUUGAAAUUAAGAAGAUUUGUUGCAUUGGUGCGGGCUAUGUUGGAGGACCUACAUGUAGUGUCAUUGCUCAUAUGUGCCCUGAAAUCAGGGUAACAGUUGUUGAUGUCAAUGAAUCAAGAAUCAAUGCAUGGAACUCUCCUACUCUCCCUAUUUAUGAGCCAGGGCUAAAAGAAGUGGUAGAAUCCUGCCGAGGAAAAAAUCUAUUUUUUUCUACCGAUAUUGAUGAUGCCAUUAAAGAAGCUGAUCUUGUAUUUAUUUCUGUGAACACUCCAACCAAAACCUAUGGAAUGGGGAAAGGCCGUGCGGCAGAUCUGAAGUAUAUUGAGGCUUGUGCCAGACGCAUUGUGCAAAACUCACAUGGGUACAAAAUUGUGACUGAGAAAAGCACAGUUCCAGUGAGGGCAGCAGAAAGUAUUCGUCGAAUAUUUGAUGCAAACACAAAACCCAACUUGAAUUUACAGGUACUGUCCAACCCUGAGUUCUUGGCGGAAGGAACAGCCAUCAAGGACCUGAAGAACCCAGACAGAGUACUGAUUGGAGGGGAUGAAACGCCAGAGGGCCAGAGAGCUGUGCAGGCACUGUGUGCUGUGUAUGAGCACUGGGUUCCCAGAGAAAAGAUCCUCACCACUAAUACUUGGUCUUCAGAACUUUCCAAACUGGCAGCAAAUGCUUUUCUUGCCCAGAGGAUCAGCAGUAUUAACUCUAUAAGUGCCCUCUGUGAAGCAACAGGGGCUGAUGUAGAAGAGGUGGCAACAGCCAUUGGAAUGGACCAGAGAAUUGGAAAUAAGUUUCUGAAAGCCAGUGUUGGUUUUGGUGGAAGCUGCUUUCAGAAAGAUGUUCUGAAUUUGGUUUAUCUCUGUGAGGCUCUGAAUUUGCCUGAAGUAGCUCGGUAUUGGCAGCAGGUCAUAGAUAUGAAUGACUACCAGAGAAGGAGAUUUGCUUCCCGGAUUAUAGACAGUCUGUUUAAUACAGUAACUGAUAAGAAGAUAGCUAUUUUGGGAUUUGCAUUCAAAAAGGACACCGGUGAUACGAGAGAAUCUUCUAGCAUAUAUAUCAGCAAAUAUUUGAUGGAUGAAGGCGCACAUCUCCAUAUAUAUGAUCCAAAAGUACCAAGGGAACAAAUAGUUGUGGAUCUUUCUCACCCAGGAGUUUCAGAGGAUGACCAAGUGUCCCGGCUCGUGACCAUUUCCAAGGAUCCAUAUGAAGCAUGUGAUGGUGCCCAUGCUGUGGUUAUUUGCACUGAGUGGGACAUGUUUAAGGAAUUGGAUUAUGAACGCAUUCAUAAAAAAAUGCUGAAGCCAGCCUUUAUCUUUGAUGGACGACGUGUCUUGGAUGGGCUCCACAACGAACUACAAACCAUUGGCUUCCAGAUUGAAACAAUUGGAAAAAAGGUGUCUUCAAAGAGAAUUCCAUAUGCGCCUUCGGGGGAAAUUCCAAAGUUUAGCCUUCAGGAUCCACCGAACAAGAAACCCAGAGUAUAGUCAUUGCCAUUUUUAUUUGUAAAUUUUUUGGUACUUUAGGAUAGCAGCUAUCUAUCUGAUAUUAAAUGGUAAAUGAACCAAGUGUUUUUAAGGAAACAAAACUAUUUUUUUAAUCAAAUUUAUACUAGCUAUAUGGGAAUUAGCAUAUCUGGUAUUAUGAAUCUAGAAUAUUUUUUACAUAUUUUUGUAAUUUUGUUACCGCAGUGAUUGGAUGAGUGGUAAAUAAUCAUGUUGGUUUUAAUGGUGUCAAUCUUUGUAAAAUACAGAUUAAACCUAAAACACUUUUUACUUUAUAAAAUGUCCAUAGGCAGCACUUUAAUAUCACAUGUACACUCUUCAGUUUUUCUGAUCAUUGGUUUAUUUACUUGUUAUUAAAUAUAUGUAUUUUAAACCGUGAAAUUGCUGUCCUAAACACUGGGCUAAACCUGUUAACCUUUCAUAAAGUGUCCUGGAGACUUAGAGGUUUCUGGCUUAAUUGGGUAAGGUGUUUCCCAAGCCAUUUCUUGUCUCUCUGAACAGACAGGGAAAAUUCAGUGGAUAGAAUGGGGCCUUGUGCUUUUUUCUUUUCUUUUCUUCCUUCCUUUCUUCCUUUCUCCUUUCCUUUCUUUUUCUUUCUUUCUUUCUUUCUUUCUUUCUUUCUUUCUUUCUUUCUUUCUUUCUUUCUUUCUUUCUUUCUUUCUUUCUUUCCUUCCUUCCUUCCUUCCUUCCUUCCUUCCUUCCUUCCUUCCUUCCCUUUUCUUUCUUUUUUGGAUGUGCUUAGAACAUUUUUCCUAUGCUUCCAUGUUACAAGUGACCCUAUAAGUUUGGUUUGGGUAAUGUUCCUUUGCUCCUUAUGUUUGAACGAGCUGCGUUGUUGGUUUUUUAGCCCAAGAAUGUCAUCACUGCUCAUUUCCAAUCGAUCCAAAUAAGACUAAAAGGCAAUUUUUUUUUUAACAUGAAGAAAAUAUCAGUAUUGGUCUAGUUUAUUCUUCUUCAUGUCUCAUUUUUUCUCACUGAUCAUUAUUUUUUUAGUUCAAGAGCCAAAAAUAUUUGUUACCUUCAUUUUGCAUUUUUAGUUCUAUAACUCAUUAAAGUUCCCCUUUUUCUUUAAAUAAGAAAAUCAAUAUAAUCUCAUGUAUGAACUUAAAAAAGUAGAUUUUACAAAUUACGUAUAGCAUUAUUCUAAAGUAAGAAUUUUUGUAUGUUUCUAUGUGCUUUUUUAUUACGUAUCUUAUUGACUUUGAUUUUGUCUUAUGCUUUAUCAUUAUUGAAAUAUGCCAGAUGUCCAUCUGAUGCUCUGCUCUGCUGAGAGUAUACAAAUCAAGUUAAACAGAUACAAGCCUCAUCCUUUAGGAAUUUUGAGGUUCAGUUAGAAUACAGAAACAAAUACAAAGAUGAGAGACAUCUGUACAGAUAGCAAACACAUAAAUAAAAUAUUCUGUAUCAACAA